CACUCCCUGUAGCCAACAUGGCAGUCGGCAAGAAUAAGAGGCUGACCAAAGGCGGCAAAAAAGGUGCAAAAAAGAAGAUUGUGGAUCCUUUCUCCAAAAAGGACUGGUAUGAUGUCAAAGCACCAGCCAUGUUCAACAUCCGCAAUCUUGGAAAGACCUUGGUCACCAGGACUCAGGGAACCAGAAUUGCCUCUGAUGGUCUUAAGGGGCGUGUGUUUGAAGUAAGCCUUGCAGACCUCCAGAAUGAUGAGGUGGCCUUCCGUAAAUUCAAGCUGAUUACUGAGGAUGUUCAAGGCAAGAACUGUCUUACGAACUUCCAUGGUAUGGACUUGACUCGUGACAAGAUGUGCUCCAUGGUCAAGAAGUGGCAGACAAUGAUUGAGGCCCAUGUAGAUGUGAAGACCACCGAUGGCUACCUGCUGCGUCUCUUCUGUGUGGGUUUCACAAAGAAGCGGACCAACCAGAUAAGGAAGACCUCCUAUGCCCAGCACCAGCAGGUCCGCCAGAUCCGCAAGAAAAUGACAGAGAUCAUGACUCGUGAGGUUCAGACAAACGACCUCAAAGAAGUUGUCAACAAGCUGAUCCCUGACAGUGUCGGAAAGGACAUUGAGAAAGCCUGCCAGUCUAUCUACCCCCUUCAUGAUGUGUAUGUCAGGAAGGUCAAGAUGCUUAAGAAGCCCAAGUUUGAAUUGGGCAAACUGAUGGAGCUCCAUGGCGAAGGAAGUGGCGGCACUGCUGCCAAGACAUCUGGAGAUGACACUGGGGCCAAGGUGGAGAGAGCCGACGGCUAUGAGCCUCCUAUCCAAGAGACAGUCUGAAAACACCCUCUGACAGAUUUAAUAAAAAAUGUAAAUGACCAGA